UCCCAUUUCUUUGUUCUUAAAUUCUUUGAUUAAAAGAGAAAAUUUUUCCACAUAUAAACCGACGCUGUUAUUACCAUUUCUUGUUUAGAAGAUAAGAUAAAGAGAGUGUUUUUUUUUUUUUUUGAGAGGUUUUUGUCUGCAAUGGAACCAAGUUUUGAUUGUGCAGUUUCGAGUCUUCUAUGUUCAGAAGACAACAACAGCAUUUUUUAUGAUAAUGAUUACUGCGCUGGUGGUUCUGAGCUGGAAGGGUUUGGGGCAACAUGGAAUCAUAGAUAUUAUCGAAACUUGAACCAAAAUCGGGUCUUUAAUGGUGUUCAUGAAGAUGGGUUGCCAUUGCAGAGUGAGGAGUGUUUGGCUUUGAUGGUUGAGAAAGAACAUCAACAUUUGCCUAAUUUUGAUUACUUGAAGAGGCUACAAAGUGGAGAUUUGGACUUGACGGCUAGAAAAGAAGCUGUUGAUUGGAUUGGGAAGGUUCACGUCCAUUUCGGUUUUGGACCUCUUUGUGCGUAUUUAUCGAUAAACUAUUUGGACAGGUUUCUGUCUGCAUAUGAAUUACCCAAGGGUAAAGCUUGGAUGAUGCAAUUACUAGCCGUAGCAUGUCUAUCUCUUGCAGCCAAAAUGGAGGAGACUGAAGUUCCAUUAAUUUUAGAUUUACAGGUGGGAGAAUCUAAAUUUGUGUUUGAGGCUAGAACUAUACAAAGAAUGGAGCUUCUAGUGUUAAGUACCUUGAGUUGGAGAAUGCAAGCAAUCACCCCAUUCUCCUUCUUAGACUAUUUCCUUUACAAGCUUAAUGAUGAUAAAAUCCCGCUUAGAAGUUCAAUCUUGAGAUCAAUCCAACUCAUCUCAAGCACAAUAAAAGGGAUUGACUUCUUGGAAUUCAAGCCUUCUGAGAUUGCAGCAGCAGUGGCAAUGUCUGUUGCUGUAGAAACCAGAACAGUGGACACUGAGAAAGCAAUUUCUGUUCUUACACAGCAUGUACAAAAGGAGAGAGUGACGAAGUGUGUGGAAUUGGUACAUGAUUUGUCAUUGGUUGGUGGGUCUGUUAAGGAAGGUAAUGCAUCUGUCCCAUCUGUGCCUCACAGCCCUAUUGGGGUUCUGGAUGCCCCAUGCUUGAGUUAUAAAAGUGAUAACACGACAGUUGGGUCAUGUUCAAGUUCUUCACAUACAAAUAGUAGUCCCAGUAUCAAAAGGAGAAAGCUAAACAGAUCAUGUGAAGUGCAGCUGUAAAACUGAUGGAAGAUCAAGAUGCUAGGGAUAUUCACUACGUUUGUUAUUGUUACGUGGUAGCUUUGAGUGUGUUUUGUUUAGGAGAUCUGGACCAAAAGGUAAAACCAAAAAGUACAGGAUGGGAGAAAGAGGGAGGAUGGAAAUUUGAGGGGAAAGGAAGGGGACAAAAUGCUACAUGAAUGGAAAGUGGUCUACAAUAAUUUGUGCCAUGGACUGAGUAUGGAGGAUUGGAUCAAGGCAUUUCAUGCUCCUGGCAUGGCUAGGGGUCACCAGCUGUUAAAUUUUAGACUUCUUAACAGCUAGUAAUAGCACUAGA